AUGCUUUCCACAGCUAUCCACAAUGGCGUAACCAAACAGGUUACAAAACCCAAGUUGAAGUCCCAUUCCGAACACCUCAUGAAGCGCGUCUCGAGAGCGUGUUUGCACUGUCGCCAGCGCAAAUCUAGAUGCGACUUGGACAGCAGUGGAAGUCCGGGCACUCCGCCUUGCCAGCGUUGUCUACGAGACCAUCGUGAAUGCGUCCUAGGUAGCUCAAACAGAGGGGGUCGCCGUAUCCGCAAGCCGAAAACUGCCAAUCUUGAGAUGCAUUCCAAUUCCUCACCGGCCAGAGUGAUGCAGCUUGCUCCGAGUGGUGCCCCUGGCCCGACGGACCCACAUUCGUUCCCGCGGCCAUAUCCAUCAGAUCACUAUGGGAGAUCGGAUCCACCCACUGCAUCUACGAUCAAUAUAGAGGACGACGAUUCAGCUUCAACUACUGACAGCGCAAUCGGAUCCGUUCCACGGAACCCGUCUGACGCAUGGCAAUGUUUGACAAACGUUGCCAAGCGAGGCGCAGAAAGCGCAAAUCUCGAGAAAACGGGAGAUCAUUAUUCCGAAUCAAAAAGCCGUGUUCGACUUCCUGGGGUUGAAGACGAGGAGUCUGAACCAGGAAUCAAGGCAUAUCGUCUUAUCAAGAAUAGGUCGCUCACCCGUGAAACCGUUUCCCAGCUGGUGACGCGUUACGCCGACAAUUUCCAUCCUUAUCUCCCCCUGGUCCCACGAAAGUAUUUUGAUCCAUCUGCCCUGGAAUCAUUUGCGUCCCAGGAGAAGCAUCUUCUGACUGCGGUCCUCACCAUUGCCUCAAAGGACCUUGUGGAAACGCCUCAGGUUCAUGAGGUUUGUUCCAAGUAUAUGCACGAGCUCAUCUCUGGCAUCGCUGCUGGUGCAGAUUGCGAUGUCGAAGCGGUCGAGGCACUGCUCAUCCUUGCUGAAUGGGAGCCCCAGGGCCUACGGCCAAAGAUUGAAGCUGUAGGGCGAGGAGAGGAAGACAGAGCGGCAUGGAUGCACGUUGGGCUGGCUCUCCGCUCUGGAUAUUUCCUUGGACUUGAUCGUACUUCUUUUAGAGGCGAUCCAGCAAACGACACCCAAAACGACGGGCGGAAGCGAUUGGCAUGGACCAGCUGCUAUAUUUCAGAUUUUAUCGGCCCUGGCCCUAUGACUGGGCUUGUCUCUAAAGACUUUCCGUCUCUACAGCCUCUCACCUCAACGGAUGAAGAUUAUGCGAAGAUUUUCCAGGCACUCUUGGAUCUCACACAACUGUACGGAAACGUCCAUGAUGUCCUCUACUCGGGAAUGCGCACGAGCAGUCAGAUGAUGUUAAUGGGGGACUAUGUGAAAUACGUUGAUGACUUUCGCAAUGCCAUUGAGCGCUGGAAUCGAAAUUGGGGUACAUUGACUUGCUCUCAACACAUCAAAGUAACUCUGCAGAUGUCUUACGAAUAUCUGAGGCUGUACACAAACGCGUUUGCCUUCCAAGCGGCGAUUUCUCAAGCACUCACCUCCAAACCCAAGGGAGAUGCUCCUAGCCAACGAGAGCACCUACGGGCAGCAUUUAGCAAUGUUGCAUCCAUGCAGGACGCCCGUUUUAUAUACGCAUCAGUUGAUGCGGCGAAGUCCUAUCUCACAAUCUUGAAUAACUACGUUGAUCCCGAGAAACAUUUACAUUUCAUGCCCUUACGAUAUUAUCUGUAUAGCAUUUAUGCGGCAGUAUUUUUAUACAAGGCCCGCUCAUUUGGAGUAAUGAAUGCUCCAGAGGAGCAAGCCGUUCGGCAUCUGAUAAACCUUACCACAGACAGACUCCACAGAGCGAGUGCUGGUCCCGACGACAUCGGCUCCCGAUAUGCUCGAUUGCUCGAACUUCUGUGGAAACCCAAGGCAUCGUCAUCGUCAUCGAAUACUCAAGAGCAUCAGCGCAAGGAUGAAAGUGUCCCGACAGGAACAGUCCCAAAUAGGCUGCCAGAACAGCCCUAUAUGCAGUAUUCACCAAUGAACGAUUUCUCAUGGUUGGAUCUCGAGGCUGUAGGUGACUAUGUCUCUGGAUAUCCCAUGGGGAAUCCCACCUUCAUGGGCAUGAAUUCGUUUCCGCAUCAUAAUCCAUAUCCGGUAACCUCAGAGGCGAUUUGGCCCGUUCAAAAUUGGCCGUAUAUGAGGUGCCUAACCCUGGCCAAAGUCCACGCGGGUGGUCUCCUGAAGUUCCUCUUUGGGAACAUUGCGGGGUGGGAUUACGUCACCACUUAA